GCGACAUCUCGCCUUGUCGUGAUUAUAUAAAAUAGCCUUUUUUUUUUUCACCUACUAACUUCAGCUCAGUCAUGAUUACUCACCUGCAUCAUAGCUCACGGGUUUUCUCAUGGACGCGCUACCUCGUCCUAUCCUCUAACGGCAUGGAGAUAUCCUGAUAAGGAAGAGAUAUAGGGGAUAUAGCGAUUUCAUAUUCAUAGAUGCACGCUCGUUUAGGAUCCUUUGUGGGUACUAAUAUCGCUCGCUCUCACCAACUCACCAACUCAGCAAAAGAGUUGUUACCUCCUUGAUUGACUUACACGGGACAAGGAGGCUUAUGCAGGUCUUGCUUUACCAUUUACCAUUCAUUGGUGGUCGGCAUUGCUUCGUCUCAUGAUUAGCUGCUUAUCUCAUUCGGCAUUCGGCUGGUGGUUUGAGGUUUGACGGCAUCACGGACCUUUUAUAUAUUUUAUUUGGGUUAGGAAGUUGUAGUAAUUGCCGCUAUUUUUUAUCGAUUCGAUUUAAGUUUAGGAAUAAAAAGUAUUAUAAGGAAAGCACGGGAAGGAGGAAACAAUGGCGGGACACAAGAUCUUAGGUUACGCCGCGAGCCUCUGGCAGACCUGGCAGGCGCUGUUUGCGUCUUUCAUCCAACUCUACGCCCGCUUCUUUCCCUUCAAAUCGACACCUGACUCAGGCCGAACAACGCAGCAACAAUCAUCAACAAAUCCAAAUCCACCACCUUCAACACGCUCAGAUUCACUAAACUCAAACUUUUCAACAGAGCAAAAAAUCCCAAAUUCCUCUUUAUGUUCACCUUCUCUCCAUCUCCACCCCCACCCCCAGACUUCUCAACCACAUCAAAAUUCUUCCUUCAUAGAUCUCGAACAAGGGUUGGAUUCUUCAUCCCAAGACGACAACGACACCAUGGCGCAGUCUAAGAAACGUGGCCAAAGGCGAGGCGGCCAUAAAGGUUCUGGUCCCAAAUCUGUUGGUCCUAAUGCUUCCAAUGCUCCUAAUGCUCCUAAUGCUCCUAAUGCUUCUGCCACUACCCAACCAAACAACAUCAUCGCCAACAAGCCUACAUCUAGCCAAAACCGCGCGUCGCCUCUUGGACAGGUCGGUGUUACUCCUGUUGCGAAUCAAGGUGACACUAAAGUCAACUCUCAUCAACCCGAUAGUCAAAAGCCACUCGGUGCUAAAAUAGGCGGCCAAAACCGUGGCCUUCCAUCUCCUAGUCCCCUUGUCGACAAUAGAAGAGAGAAUGCUCCCCUUCACAACAAUAUGUCGUCCACCGUGUCCCAAGCUCAGCCGCCUGCCCCAAAGCCCCUCCUUGCAGAGGGCCGGGUUCAAGUCCAGAAAACGGGUACCCGCAGCCAGCACGUCACCACAACCCUGGUUUCUCCUAACACGUCUGUAAUAGAGGAUAAUACUCCCCAGAAUACCCAAGUCGAAGAAGUCGCGUCUGGUAUUAAUUGUCUUACCCUUGAUGAUAUUUCCAGUAGUAGACAGCCCCCUGAGCCGGAACAUGCUUCUGCAGCGGCCACUCCUAAUGCCUCCGCCGCUCCGAUCAUGGCUGCCUCACCUCCCACCGAUAAGGCCGCUGCCCCGAAAUCUCCUUCGCCUCCAGUUCCUAAUCUACCUGGACUAAUCGAGCCCAAGACAGAAGAGGAACGAGUCGAACGGGCGUACCAUCUCCACUUUAUGCAAGAGGCACUUGCUAUGGGUAAUCUAGCUCUAAAUACUAAUGAGACGCCAGUAGGCUGUGUCUUGGUCCACAAUGGGAAAGUUAUUGCCAAAGGAAUGAAUGCGACAAACGUUACUCGCAAUGGGACUCGUCAUGCUGAAUUUAUGGCCUUGUCUGCCCUACUUUCCCGGAAAGAACCUGAAGAUGUCAAAGGAGUUGGCACCAGCCCAGCUCUGGAUGAUCCUAGCUGGGAGGAUGUAGAUCCGACAGACAGUCAUAUCUAUCCUUAUGGCCAGAAGCUCCAUCCUGCUCCGGCGAUUAGUCGCAGCAUCAUAACCGAGUGUGUUCUGUACGUUACGGUUGAACCCUGCGUCAUGUGUGCCUCCCUUCUUCGCCAACUAGGUAUCAAGAAGGUAUAUUUUGGUGCUGUUAACGAUAAAUUUGGUGGGACCGGAGGCGUUUUCAAAAUCCACCAAAACUCCAAGCCCGUUCCGAAACCAACAGACCGUCCCUAUCAAAACGGAUAUGGUCCUCAAGAUGUCAGUCGUAUUUACCAAGGCAAAGCUACUCCUAUCCCGAGAGAUGAGGAUGACGGCGACGGCGGCAAUGUGGAGCCUGGCUAUCCGGUCGAAGGUGGUUAUCUUCGUGACGAGGCCGUCUCACUACUCCGGCGAUUCUAUGUCCAGGAGAAUGGUCGAGCUCCCCAACCUCGCAAAAAGGAGGGAAGGGCUGCUCGCCUGUUCGCCAUGGAGAAUCAGGCCAAAAACGGCGGAAGCGCUUCUGAAUUUUCGGAUGGUGGUGGCCCCAUUGAUAAUGAGGCGGCAGCCGAAGAUAAUGAAGCGGCAGCCGACGAUGGUGAAGCAGCAGCCGACGAUGGCGAAGCUAUGGAGAUGACUAAUGGUACUACGAACAUUUAACUCACCAGCUCCGGAUAUCAGAGAUGUCUUUUACGCCUUUACGAGUACAACAUACAGCAUGCGCAUAACACUGUAACAAUAUUCUAUUACGAUAGACUCGCGUCAGAUUCCCUAAAUUGCAUGGAUGGGAGUAUUCUCCCCGGUGUUUCCGGUCUCUUUUCUCUCAGUCAACAGUACAUAUCACACUGGUGGGCGCGGUCAGCAUGGUUUCGGAGCCGGCAAGAGGACGGGGGGUGACUUUGAUUUGUCUCGUAACAUGAGGGCAUUGUACGUAACUGUCUAGACGCGUUGUUUCUUCACAGAUAAUCGCGUUAGUUUUCAUGCUUAAUUGAUAUCUACAGAACAA